GACCAAAACGAAGUAGAAUAUGUUGGAUGGCAAAAUUCUACUUCUAAUAAAGAAUCUAUUAUUUAUAAAGAACUAUUAACUUAUAACCGAUCUUCAGAGUCAGCAGUUCUUAACCCAUUUGAAAAUAAUUUUUCAAGUAUGCAAAUUACCCCUGAAUAUGAAAAUCGAUCUGAAGAUUCUCAAGAAACUAUAACUAAAGAUAAUACUUCAGCUACUAUUAGUUGUUAUUUUUCAGGAUAUAAUGGAUAUACUGUUGAUGAUACAAUUAAUAAAUUAGUUUCUAGUAAAUUAAAGCCAAAAGAUUUACCAGUUAUUAGAGUUUGUAUUAUAGAGAGACAAUUUUUUUCUGCUAAUAAUAAACGUUUAUACUGUUAUCAAAAAGCAAUUAAAAAUAAUGCAAACUUUAAGAAAGUUCCUGUGAAAAUUGUAAGAGAAACAGAUGAACGAGCAGGAUUUAAAUGGAAAAUAGAAAGUAGUCUAAUAGUUCUACCAAAACAAAAUUGGCAAAAAACAAUGAUCUUAGAUCAUGCAAGAGCAG